AUGGACAUCUAUCUCGCCUCGGACGGCGGCAUCGUCAAGGUCGAACACGCCUUGAGCGACUAUGACUCCUCCACCCCGGUCACCCGCUUUAAGCAGAAGCAUCCCGCGCUGACCACCAGUCUGGAAGGGGUGUACGCCGACGUCUCCGCCGCCACCGGCGUCGUUAGCGGCAACAUCCUCCUCUUCACCGAGGACGGACGCGAGCUCAAGCAGGAGGUGCUCGAGGAGCUUUGGGAGAGAGGUGGAGGUGCAUCCUCAUCCCACACGGAGAUCGUGUACCUGUUCAACCGCGAGACGUUCUUCAGCGAGCCCGAACGCUGGGCCGCUGAGUUACGGGAGGAGGUCGUCCUCCCGCCGCCGUUGCUAUUGUCGGGGGACAUCGAAUUGGCGCAAGCCCAGUCGCCCUUUGUGUCCGCGUAUGACCAUCUCUGCCACCUCCAGUCCUUAUUCAAGGCGCAAGCCCAUGCCCUCCGCAUCGCCUACGCCAACCUCUCAUUCCACCUCGGCCCGAUCGUUGAAGCAUUCCGAGAAUUCACCGGACGCGUAGACGAUGAGCUCGACGCACACGACCAACUCCUCAAGGGGUAUGACGUCGACAUGGCGAUGCUACCGAAGGUGACCGUGCACGAGAGCCUCUAUCGCCGCCGAGAUAAGGACACAGAUGACAAGAGCCGCAAGUCCCUACUCGAUUGGAUCCACACGAAGAAGAUGGAGCAAGUCCGAGAUCUGUGCCAGUACGCGCACAUGACACGAUAUAACAAUGUCGCAUCGGAGAUGGACGAGCUCGCCCUGCAAUCGGACGCCGAUCUGCAACAGGCAGAGCACAGGAUACACGGCGUCGAGACCGAGUUCGCCGAGGCGCUCGGGCGGAUAGAGCUCGCCAUGCAGCAGGUCGAGGCUCUAAUGCAGGCUGAUUCACAACUGGACCAGGCCAUGCGAGAAGACCUGGCGAGCAUGACGUCGAUCAAGGUGAGCUUACGAGCUGUCGGCAUCGCCGACUACCAAGUUCGAAUCACAAAGUUUAGCCGGCCGAUGACGGACCUCGACAAUGAUCUGCGGCAGAAGAGCGCUUUUCCGCAUCUCGAGCGACUGCACAACCUGCCGUUUGCCUACGCCGCCAAUGUGGUUGAGAUCGUCCGACGAAAGGAGUUCUCACAUUCUCUCGUGGAGUGGGCAAGCCGUAUCGGUCAUGCCGUGAACACGUAUCUCGAUGAGGAGGCGAAGCGACGUCAGCGACACAAGACGGAGAACCAGCUCCCGUGGGAGAUUCCGGCGCUCGAGGAGAGCCAGCUGCCCCGUAUCAAUAUGUCGAUCAACGGGGCGGAGGCGCUCACUUCCGUCGGUCUGGGGAAGGGUGAUAUCGAGCAGCUGGUUGCGUCUAUAAAGGAGCUGCAGGACGACCCGGAAUUCAUGAGCCUCGACCCUACAGAGAACCCGAUCCCGGUGCUCUCGAACCGGCUAGCUGAGCUGCUCCCCUCUCUUGAUCACCUUAACGAAGAUUUGAACCAAGCACUCGACUUGGCUGUCAUCAAUGCUGCCCAGCGAGAGACCCCAGGCGAAACAGAGAAGCUGCGCGCCCAGAACGCGGACUACGAAGCGAGGAUUGCAGAGCUCGAGCGAGAACAUCUGGAGAGGAUGCAGGAGCUGGAGGAGUCCAAGGAGCAGGAGAUCAAAACCCUGAACGCCCGCCAGGCCGAGCUCAAGGAUGAAGUCGCUCGGCUUCGAAACGACCUCAGCGACGAAGCUGUGCAGAAGCAGAAGCUCAUGGACCAGCUUGAGGAGAAGACCCGUGACCACGAGGAUCGCAUGCGCGAGCUUGAGGAGCACUCUGAGCUCGUCUCCGCUCUGCAGGCGGAUAUGGUGCAGGAGAAGGACCGUGCGACCGACUUAGGCGUCCGUCUGCAGGAGGCACUCCUCGACGUUGACGGCCUCCGAUCAGCCGAAACGACUCUUAUCGUCCAGAUGAAGGAUAUGCAGGACGAGCGGACACGCAUCCUCACUGACCUCGGAGAGGCGCAGCUCCUGGCCCAGAACUACGAGUCGGAGCUUGCGGGUGCCAAGGUCGAGCUCGAGGCGACUGCCGCUCAACUCGUGCAAGCCCAGAAGGACCGCGACAAGGCGAUCAAGGAGAAGAGUGCGGAGGCAGAGCGUCUCAUGCGCGACCAGAUUGCGGAGGCUGAUGGUGACCGCGCUGUCCUCGAGCACCAGAAUCUGACGCUUACGAAGGAGCUCGAGGAGGUCCGCAAGGAAAUGGAUGAGAAGCUGAACAGCGUCAAGAACGCCUCCAUUCGUCGAGAGGAUGGCCUGAAGGCAGAGCUCAAGCUGGCGAAGGCGCAACUUCGUGAUGUGCAGCGCCGCGAGGCUCUGCUCGCCAGCGAGCUUGCUGUCGCCAAGGACAGCUCGACGCAGCUUACUCAGAAGGAUGCUCACCAGGCUGAGCUUUUGAAGGAGUCGGUGCAGCUUUGCGGCAAAUACCACGAGGCGUGCUACCGACUCAUGGGAGCGAUCUCGGCUUCGACGACGAUUUCUGGAAGUCUAUCGUUGCCGCAGCGAGCAAAUUCGCCACCGCCGCCCUCGAUCCUGUCCAUUGGCUCAAACGAACUGAAGGACAGCGCCUUCCUCGUUCGCUCGUUAGAGAAGGCGUCCGCAUUCGAGCUCGAGUCGUUCGCCGAUGCCGUCCUCAAGACCAUCAAUCUCGCGCGCCGCUUGUCCAAAUCGUGUAAGCAGUAUCGCGACCUGUCGCGCAACAAGAUCACGAUCUCGAGCUUCGGCAAGGGCGAUCUCGUGCUCUUCCUCCCAACGCGGAAUGCGGCCGUCAACGCCUGGGCAGCCUUCAACGUCAGUGCGCCUCACCACUUCCUCCACGUCACGGACCAGAUCCGCCAGCAGCUUCAGGGCAAGGAUUACUACCUCGCGCGCAUCACGGGCACGGACGAGGCGAUCGUCAACGGCGAUUCGCCGAGCACGAACCCGUUCGGUCUCGCUGAGGGACUGCGCUACUACAGUCACCACGUUGAGGAGUGGAUCCCUACGGUUAUCCGUACGCGGCGCUCGACCAGCGGCCCGGCAGGACAGACUGCGCAGGCGAGCCACCCUCCGCACCCCGAGCGAGCUCUCACAGCGCCGACCGCGGUUCGCGCGAAGCAGCCAGCGAACAUCAUCUCGAGGGACCGGGAGCGUACGUCCCCAACGAGCAUUUCGCCCAAGGCCGCCGCUCCCUCGCCGAAGGAGUCUUCUCCGGAAGCGACAUCUCCCCACUCUGCGUCACCCGUAGCCGCUUCACCUAAGCAGGCUUCGAAGUCACCUCCGCCUCCUAAGGACUCACCAAAGGGCACGCCCAAGGAGUCCCCAAAAGGGUCGAAAGCGGGCUCGCGCCGCGCCUCGCCAGAGCGAAGCGAGCGUCGGGAGAAGAGAUCCUCGCGGCCCUCUUCUCGAACGCCCACGCCAACCACUUCUGUGAACCAGCCGCCGGCGCCUGUCCCGGCGGCUUCGGAGUCUGACCGUGCGUCUCCGCACUCGGCCCACUCGGCGGACCACUCGGCAGGCGCACACUCGACGGACGACAGCCCGCCGAGCGAGCUUGCGGCCGCGGAGCCGCUGAAAAAGUCGGCUGCCGCAAUCGGAUCCGCGUCGCACUCGGCCCACGCAUCGCCCGCCAAGCCGUCCACGCCGACAUUCGCGAAGGGGAUCCACCCCCGUCCCGAGGAGUCGGACGUGAACAUCGCCGGCAGCCCGCCCCCGCCUCCUUCGUCGCCAACCAGUCCUAUGUCGCCAGUAGCGCGCCGUCCGCGCGGCUCGCUCUCCUCCCCCCCGCCCGGCGCCCGGCGGAGCGGGCCGCCCCUCGUCCGUGGCGUCCAGUGCCUCGUCACACCCGCGCGGCCUGCCGAUUCCGAGCGGCGGCGCCAAGGCCUCUCCAGCGGCCGCAGUCACGACGAGCGCGGAGAACAGCCCAAACCAGAACUCGCUCCCCAAGGCACUCGUACACCGGACGAUCGGCAAGCGGCCCUCGAUCCCCAGCAUGGACAUCGAGAACCCGUUCCGGCCCUCGCCGCUCGGUCCCUCCACUAG